CAAAAAGGCAAAAACCCUAAAAGAUCUCCACUCUCGUAGUCAUUCUCUCCAAGCGGCAAAGCUAUCUCGGCUGAAAGCUUCAGCUACUCUUGACUCUCACUCUCGUUCAAGCUUCAAGAAUCUUGAUACAAGUAUCUUGAUUCUCAGUCUCUCACUCUCGUUCUCGUAGCUCAAAGCGGCAAAGCCACUCUUGUUCUGCUGCCUCGCGGUCUCACCUCAUGGCUCCGACGCCGGCUUCAGUGCUUCAACAACUAGUUUUCUUUUGCCUCAAUACUAUAUCAUUUCUGACAUUCGACCUAGGAGAAUGGGGCAUGAUCAUCUGAGACAUCAGGCAGCUCUCAUAAGACAGGCUCUCUUGGAUCAGGGUUACCUUGAUGAACACUUUACUCAGUUGGAAGAAUUGAACAUUAUUGACCCUGACUUUGUUGUUGAGGAUGUUGUUUCGAUGUAUUACAGAGAAUCUGCACAAUGGAUCACUAACAUUGAGGAGGCAUUAGAGGGAGGGCCCAUCGAUUUCGCAAAGCUGGAUGAUAACAUGACCCGGUUCAAGGGUAGUAGUUUAAGCAUUGGAGCAACAAAGGUGAAGAACAAGAGCAAAGAGUUCAUCAAAUGCUGUUAUGAAAGAAAUGAAGAAGGAUGCAAGAAAGCUUUGGAACAAGUGAAAAUAGAAUACGAAACUUUGAAAGAGAAGCUACAGGCUUAUUAUCAUCCUAUAAGACAAGCUGGACCUGCUGAGACUGCUUCUCGCCCCAAGUGAGAGAGGAACGUCUUAAUGGAGUUGAUGAUAUGGAGAUGAUAGAUGCAACAGUAAAUAAAGGCUCUAAUAUGGAAUGUUUUAGAGAACAUUUUUGUCUUCGGUGCUAAUCAUCUCAGUAUAUAUUGCUAAGUACUAGGUUUUUUACUCUGAUGAUGAUAUUUUAAUUGAGGUCCUAAAA